AUGUCAAUAUUUGGUAAAUUUGAUACAGUUAGUGAUAUAGCAUUGAUAUUUUAUUUCACAAGUGCAACCAUAAUUGGAGUUUAUUCCAUUCAACCAUUUAAAAGAAUACGUCCAAGAUUUGGCAUUAGUAGUAAUAGUCAUAGCAGAAUGGGCUUGCAACAUAUUAUAGCUAACGUUACGGUUUUAUUGGUGAUUAGCAGCAGUUGGCCCGCUUUAGUUAGAGUUUUGGGAUUGAUAAGACUGGAUUCGGCUGGACCUUAUGAACAAUUUCAUAAAUUAAAUAAUACCGGUCAAUUAUUGGCUAUAGCUUUUCGUCUUGGAGUUUUAAUUACUACGGUGUUUCCUAUUUUGGAUUAUUAUGUUUUAAGAAGUAUAUCUGGUGUGAGAUUGACAAUAGACAAUGAUAGUGGCGAUGGUAACGAUGGCAUUAUUGAUAAUGGUAAUGGUCUUGAGAAUAGCCAUCUAGUUAAUGGGUUUAAUGGAGAGUGUGAAUUCGGUGUAGGUGAAGUUGGUAAAGGUCAAAUUGAUCAAGGAAUGUGGACUCAAAAGACCAAGAUGUUAAAGG